CUCUGUGCCUCCCGCGGCCGCGCUGCGCGAAGGGGACAAUGGCGGCGGGCGCUCUCCGCGGUGUCCUCUGGCCCCGAGCGGCCGCCGGGCUCAGGGCGGCCCGGGCCGCCUUGGCGGCGCCUUCGGGGGCGCGGGCGGCCUCGGAGAUGUCCAAGGACAUGAUGCCUGGGCCGUAUCCGCGGACUCCGGAGGAGCGGGCGGCCGCUGCGAAGAAGUACAACAUGCGGGUGGAGGACUAUCAGCCCUACCCCGACGAUGGCUUGGGGUACGGUGACUAUCCCAUGCUCCCUAACAAGUCUCAAUACGAGAGGGACCCCUGGUACCAGUGGGACCAGCCAGACAUGAGACACAACUGGGGAGAGCCGAUGCACUGGAAUUUUGACAUGUACAUUCGGAACCGGGUUGAUACAUCCCCCACUGUCGUUCCCUGGCACACCAUGAGCAAACACUUCCUUCUCUUUUUGAGCAUAAUGCUGAUCAUGUUUGGUCUUGGAGAGAUCUACCCAUCCUACAGGCCUGUGGGACCGAAGCAAUAUCCCUUCAAUGACCUGUAUCUGGAGAGAGGAGGAGACCCCAAUAAAAAGCCACCAGCAGUGAUACACUAUGAAAUUUGAAAGUUGCUCAAGUGCUACAUUUCCAUCAGUGUUCCCUGGGGAAGAAAUAUUGUCUAGUGUUCACUGGCAUAUGUUAACACUUGUUCUUCAAUGCUCAGCUGCUAACUGCAGUGAAAUAUAUCAAUGACACUUAC